AUGCGCACUCUAUUAACAUCCGCUCAACGCGUAUCUCGCGUUUGGAACACCAUGAUCAGAACAUCAACCAGACUGCAAGAACGUCUAUUUAUCAAAGCCUCCAAGUCCGAGGUCUCAGAUCCCUCCCAGCGCCUUCGCAACCCCCUUCUAGAAGAUAUCCUCUGGGCACAAUUCUUCCUCAAACAACAACACACGUCAGAGUCAAAGACCGUCGAUGUAAGCAGAUUCCCACUGCGGGAACACGACCGACGCAAGCUCAAAGCCCAUCUGCGUAAAGACGCAAGUUGGAAUCAAAUGCUCCUACAACAACCACCAACGUCGUCAAUCGGGGUUCUUGAAAUCAUCAAAAGAUCGGACUCACAAUUCACCAAGUUGGCUGUUAGUCCAGAUAACGACUUCCUGCGAAUGGGUCAUAUCUUCUCGCUCCUUCAGGGACGCAGCACGCUAGUUCCAAUCCGCAACAAAUGGAUACUGUGGAGCGGACGAUCCCGUGUCCGAAUACCGUUGAACUUCGAGGUGUGGACGCCCAAAUGGGUCUAUGAACCGGGGACUUUACAGCCGGUGCAGGAGUGGAUCCCGGAUAAUAUAGACUGGGAUAGUCUGCGGUUGGAGGUGGCGUCGAUGUAUUUGAAUGAUUUGGAUUGUGGGUUGGUGGUGGUCUCUGAGCGCAGACAGAUUUUGUUUCAGGGCGAGGAUCAAGUGCAUAGGGAGAGUAAACUGGAUCGGCGGCUGGAGAGGGUAUUUGGGGAGUGUCGGGUGGAAGUUGGGAGGAAGCAUAUAAGUCAUUCAUGGGUUCCUAUCAAAGGCGUUGGGGAUGACCGACGAUGGGCACUGAGGCCUUGCUCUGCGACGCCUCUUGUUCCGACGCUGAAUGCCUCGUCUGAGUCUUCAGACUCGUCCUCGUCUUCCUUUUCUAUGUCCAUAUAA